AUCGAAAUAAACUUCCUCGCUCUCUCUCUCUGGCCCUCACUCUCUCGAUCAAUCUCGACCUCCUCCCUCCUCGAAUUAAAACCCUAAUCGACCUCGCCAUGAAAAUCUCCGAUUAAUUAAUGACUCACUCGAAGCGAUCUUUCUCCAGCAUCAACAGCAUUUGUCCUCUCUCAUCGCCGUCGAGCUCCUCAUCCAUGAAGAAAGCCAAGUCUCAUCAGCUCACAGAAAAGAACGGCCUCCACUCGUACUACGACGUCACCUCCGGUGGCGGCGGCGGAGGCGGAGGGAACGCCGGCGGUGCGUCUGAGGAUGAGGACUCGGUGCUCGUCGACCAGGCUGGGGUUUCGGGGAGCUUGAUGACGGGGAUGGCUUCUAAUUUGUUGAGGAAGAAGGCGAUUCCACCUCAGCCGAUGGUGAAGAAGGCGCUCAAGAUUAAGCUCAAAGAUAAGCCUAAAUUACCACCAAGUUUUGAAGAAGAUACGUGGGCAACACUGAAGUCCGCUAUCACAGCUAUAUUUUUGAAGAAACCAGAUCCCUGUGACUCUGAGAAGCUUUAUCAGGCUGUCAAUGAUCUUUGCAUCCACAAGAUGGGAGGAAACCUUUACCAACGCAUUCAGACAGAAUGUGAAGUGCACAUCUCUGCAGCACUGAUGUCGUUAGUUGGGCAGAGCCCUGAUCUCGUGGUAUUCUUAUCAUUGGUAGUGAAAUGCUGGCAGGAUUUCUCAGACCAGAUGUUGAUUAUUCGUAGCAUAGCCUUAUACCUCGAUAGAACAUACGUGAAACAAACCAAUGGUGUUGACUCAUUGUGGGAGAUGGGGUUGAAGCUGUUCGAAAAACAUCUCUCCAACAAUAAAGAAGUGUUGCACAAAAUUGUCACAGGCCUUCUAAGGUUGAUUGAGAGGGAGAGGCUUGGUGAAGCUAUAAAUAAGGCAUUGCUUAAUCAUCUUUUGAAGAUGUUUACUGCGCUAGGAAUUUAUGCAGACAAAUUUGAGAAACCUUUUCUUAAAGGCACUUCUGACUUUUAUGCUGCUGAAAGUGUGAAAUAUAUGCAGCAGUCAGAUGUUCCGGAGUAUCUGAAACAUGUGGAGUUAAGAUUGCAUGAAGAGCAAGAAAGAUGUUUUCUAUACUUGGAUGCUAGUACGAGGAAGCCACUUGUAGCAACUGCCGAAAGGCAGCUUCUUGAACGUCACGCAUCUUCAAUCCUUGACAAGGGUUUCAUAAUGCUUAUGGAAGCUAAGCGUGUGGAAGAUCUUCAAAGAAUGUACACUCUGCUCCAGAAGGUUAAUGCUCUUGAGUUAUUAAAGCAAGCUCUUGGUUCAUAUAUCCGCGGUACUGGACAGGGUAUUGUCAUGGACGAAGAAAAAGACAAAGAUUUGGUUGCUUGCCUCUUGGAGUUCAAGACAUCUCUUGACAUGAUAUGGGAAGAGAGUUUCUUCAGAAAUGAAAUGUUUGCACAAACCAUGAAGGAUGCAUUUGAGCACCUUAUCAAUCUUCGGCAGAAAUAAACUGCUGAACUAAUUUAAAAGUUUCUAGAUGAGAAACUUCGUGCUGGCAAUAAGGGUGCUUCUGAGGAAGAGUUGGAAAGGACACUUGAGAAAGUGUUGGUAUUGUUCAGAUUUAUACAGGGCAAAGAUGUUUUUGAGGCUUUCUACAAGAAGGAUCUUGCAAAAAGGUUAUUGCUGGGAAAGAGCGCCUCAAUUGAUGCUGAAAAGUCAAUGAUCUCAAAACUCAAGACUGAGUGUGGGAGCCAAUUUACUAAUAAACUGGAAGGCAUGUUCAAGGACAUUGAAUUAUCAAAAGAAAUAAAUGAUUCCUUCAAACAGUCAUCACAAGCCAGGAUGAAACUUCCUAUUGGCAUUGAGAUGAGUGUUCAUGUUCUAACGACUGGAUACUGGCCAACAUACCCACCCAUGGAUGUUAAGCUUCCUCAUGAAUUGAAUGUUUAUCAGGAUAUAUUUAAGGAGUUCUACUUAAGCAAGUACAGUGGGAGACGGUUAAUGUGGCAUAAUUCAUUAGGUCAAUGUGUUCUAAAAGCCGACUUCCCUAAAGGUAAAAAAGAAUUGGCAGUGUCAUUGUUCCAGACUGUUGUCUUGAUGCUGUUCAAUGACACCCAAAAGCUCAGCUUUGAAGAUAUUAAGGACUCCACGGGUAUUGAAGAUAAAGAGCUGAGGAGGACUUUGCAAUCUCUUGCAUGUGGCAAAGUUCGUGUGCUCCAAAAGUUUCCAAAGGGAAGAGAAGUAGAGGAUGAAGAUACAUUUGCAUUCAAUGAAGAAUUCAGUGCUCCUUUGUACCGCAUCAAGGUAAAUGCCAUUCAGAUGAAGGAGACAAUAGAAGAGAACACAAGCACUACGGAAAGAGUAUUCCAGGAUCGUCAAUAUCAGAUUGAUGCAGCUAUUGUUCGAAUAAUGAAGACAAGGAAAAUACUAAGCCACACACUUUUAAUAACCGAGCUUUUUCAACAGCUCAAAUUUCCGAUAAAGCCAACGGACUUGAAGAAAAGGAUCGAGAGCCUUAUAGACAGAGAAUACCUUGAGCGAGACAAGAACAAUCCGCAGAUAUACAACUAUUUGGCUUAAGGUCUUGAGCCCAAGUGAUCUUUUCUGUAUUAGGUGGUCACUCCUAACAACAUCCAAUGUACAGGGUAAGCUUGAACCUCACUUUCUUUUAUGUUCCUUUGGGAGACAUUCAAAAUUGUAAAUUAUUAGGACUUAGUUCUUGUUCUGUGAAGGAAAUGGUCGCCAAAUUUGUGAAAGUAACGUGCUAAGAUUUUGAAGAAUCGCCAGAGCAAAUUACAAUGGCAAGUUUUAUGAUUUUAAAUCACAAUCGUCUAGUUUAUAUGCCACUUUA